AUAUUUUGAAAUUUGUGACGUCUAUUUCGGUAUAUUUCUGAGGGUCAGACGAUAAGUCCGCGGUCCUCUCUCCCAAUAGAAACCGUUAUACACUCGGGGAAAAGGAAGAAUUUAUUUUAUAAUUUAUAUGAACAUUAAGUGCACUGCGUGGCUGUGCAAAGAAAAUAGUAAGCAAAUGGAAAAGAGCAGUCAUCAGACAUCAUUGCUCCUGGCGUAGGUGUGCGUGCGUACAGUGGAGUGCAGUGCAGUGCUGUGUGGAUGCGCGCACAACAAAAAUAUAAAUAAGAAGGAAGACUCCGCACAGCAGCCCCAGGCCCUCCUCUCAUUCGUCGUCAAUGUCAGUGAAGUUGAUAAAAAGCGAAGUAAAAGGUCUUAAUUGCUGCUGCAGUCAAUAAAUCAUCAAACGAAAAUAUGGAAGCAUCUCAGGAAUCCAGUGGGUAAAAUUAGAAUCACAGGCAGCGGAAGAUACAAAAUAGCCAGAGAAGCAUACACACACAUAUAAAUAUACACACAUCGUAAAGCCAGAACGAUGGAGAGCGAGCUCCCAAUGCUCCCCACUUCCUGCACAACAUAUGCCAGAGUCGGGAACAACAAGACAUGCUCCUGGGGAUGCUGCGGAGGCGCCCACUGAGAGUAGUGCCCAGCGCUUACUCUCAUCUGCUCUGUCAUUUUCGCUCUCGCGGCCACAAUACCAUGGUAUGAGCACCCUGAUAGAAUGGUAUUUCCUAUAGCUAUACCGCUACAACGAGCCACAGCCACAUCGGAGCUCAUUUCGAUUCGGACCGUCAGCGCAGUCGUACGUUCGCCGGCUCGUCACCACAGUUCCUGUUUUGCGUGUUUCGGGCGCGCUUCGUGUGCAUCGUAUUGAAGUUCGAACACUCGAAAGCUGGGAGCGUGAUAAUAUCGAGACUCCAGAUGCGGGAUAAAGUACUAAUACUGCAAGAACGAGUUUAAGUAGAGAUACCUGGCCGUGUGUGAUUUCAAAACAACGACAAUGUUGUGGAUGUUUUUGAUGUCGGAGUGAUACUGUGAAAGGAGGCACCAACGGGAUGUUCGGCACCAAUGUUGUCUGUGUGUGGGUGAAGUGCCGAGUUUAAUGAAUGUGUAGAUAGAUUACACUUACACCGCAGAUGUGUCUGUGAGAGGGCUGAUGAAAAAUAUGAAAUACUGACGUCCUGGGGACAACGUACGCAGGCCAAACAAAAAACUAAGAGACUAAAGUGAAAGGCGAUAAGGUUACAGAUGUCCUGAGCACACAAGGUACGGCCGGCUCGCAAGCAUACGAUAGGACACUCAGGGAGGGGACACAGGACGGGAGUGUAACUGGAUACGGAUACAUGCGCGCCUCCAAGAAGGCCCGCUCCUUUGGUCGCCCUGCAGCGCACCACCACCAGCCACAAAAGGACGACAAAAUAUCGCAUUUACCACAGCAACAAAGCGAGUGUGCAGCUAAUGCUAAUGCCUGCAGCUAUCGCACCAAAGCCGAAGCAACAACAGCAACAAAUACUGCCACAAAGACCAGGGCCAGGGCAGGUGCAACAGUCGCACAGGAAACGCAGGACAAAGGCAGCGACAACAGCAGCGGCAGCGGCAACGGCAACGGCAACAGCAGCCGCUGCGUGGCACACAGGGAAACGUUAAGACGUACAGAAACGUAAAAACUGACAGCGAAACCUAAGCAACGAGCAUGACGUCGUCGUCGGUGAUUAAUAAAGCCGGAAAUGUGAUUUUACUCAUAGUGAACCUUCAGCUAACAUGGCUAGUGUUGGCCGUGGCAAGGGAGCUGCCACAGGUGGACUACGGCAGCAUGUCCGACUCCAUGGAGGAAGCUGGGAUGAGCAUUGACCCACUGACUGCUAUGGCGCCCUUCGCCAACGCCCCCCUGGUUACUGAGGACAGCGCCCCACACAGAACCAAUAUCGAGUUGCUUAGCAAUAGCAGCGAGGACGAGAAUGGGAGGAUUGGGCUAGGCUCCUCCUCGGCAGCAGCGGCAGGCACGCUUCUGGAGGAGUUCAACGGCGGCAAGCUCAGUCCCGCAGAAGCCAGCAACACGCUGCCCAUUUUUCUCAGCGAGCCGGAGAGCGUCUUUGUGGUGAAGAAUCGUCCGGCGGUGCUCAAGUGCAAGGCCUCCCACUCGCUGCAGGUGAUCUUCAAGUGCAGCGGCAGCUCCCAGCCUCCGCCGUCGACGCAUGACAAGCACGUGGAUCCACACACGGGCGUCCACAUGGAAGAGGUCACGGCCACCAUUCACCGUGAUCUGGUCGACGAGUACUUUGGCAAGGGUCCGUUCAAGUGCGAGUGCCACGCUUGGUCGUCCCGUGGCGUGGUGAAGAGUCAAGCCGCCACAGUUCACAUUGCAUAUAUACGCAAGACCUUCGGCCAGUCACCCACAUCGCUGCGGCUCGAGCUGGGCAGUCGGGCGGAACUGCACUGUGAGCCACCCGGAGGCUUCCCGGAGCCGAAGCUCUCCUGGUACAAGAGCAACGCGGUAAUAACCUCCGACAGCGAGCCGGGGCUGGCCGUGGCUGGCGGCACACUGACCUUCCGCCCGGUGGCGCUGCAACACAUGGCCAAUUACAGCUGCAGUGCGGAGAACAUUGCGGGAAAGCGGGUCUCCGACUCCGCUGUGCUGAUUGUCUACGUGAAUGGAGGCUGGAGCACCUGGAGUCCUUGGCGCGAGUGCAAGUGCGCGGGCAAGCCGAGCCAGGGACGAAAGCGGUCGCGCACCUGCACCAAUCCAAUGCCCUUAAAUGGGGGCGCCCAGUGUCCAGGCCCCCAGAUACAGAAAUCUGCGGACUGCGCCGCCUGCCCAGAGGAUACUCAAAUCGUGAGCACUGAUGGAUUUGACAUUUCGUCGAGUAAGCGCAUGGCCCGCUGGUCCGCGUGGAGCGACUGGAGCAUCUGCUCCGCGGAGUGUGUUCAAGUGCGUCGCAGAAAGUGCCUCACCCAGACGUCUGACGGCGACGAAGCCGGGGAUCUGCUCCUGGCUGGAGUGGGCAUGGCAGCCCUCAGCAGCAUCAGCGGAAGCGCAACUCUGCUGGAUGCUACUGCGACUGACGGGGGCUCAGGAUAUGGCAAAUCAUUGUGCGCCGGAAAAGACACACAAACGGCAGAGUGCCGUGGAGAGCAGUGUCAUAUUGGCAAGGAUGAUUUCGAUUGGACACUCUAUCUAGGACUGGCCUUCAUAACCGCCGUUUUCUUUGCCUUUGGCGCAGCUCUCAUUUGCUGUGCCCGCCGCGGGAUGCGCGCCAAUCCUCACUACAACAUGGCCCGCUCAGUCAUGGAUGCGGAUUAUAUGCCCGGCGUUGUGGAAAAAAAGGAGAUGCGAAUGCACAUCGAGGCCAGUAAUUUGGGAUAUGAUUAUGUCAAUCCUGGACAUCGUUAUAUACCUGGCGAGCACAUUGUGGGCAUGGGCAUGGGCUGCGGCGGUGUAACAGAGCAUCACUACGAUGUGCCCAACCUGGCUGCCAAUUACACCAACCCCAUAGACGAUCUUAGUGCUGAUUAUUUGUCAGAAACCGGAGAGUCAUCCACUGCCGAUACAUCCAAUUCCACCUUCGAUAUGAACGCCAAGCUAUCCCUACUGAAUGCCUCGAAGAGCAGCAGCUACGAGCUCCUUGGCAGCACAGGAGGACAGCUGCGUCUAUAUGGCGGGGAGCUAUUGCUCUUUGUGCCCGAGCAUGCGAUUGGAAAGAACCUGAAGAAGCACGUCUCGCUGCUGCUUCUGAGCGACGAGUGCAGCCGUGUGUCCUGUGCCACCGAGAGCUCCAUUUUGUGCAGCAGCGUGGUGCAUAGUGCACCGCGCAACUAUAGCUUUGUGAAGCCCGUGAUCCUGAAAAUACCGCACUGCUUGGUGGCUCCGGAGCAGUGGCAUGUUCACAUCUAUCAUGCAGACAGCGAGCACGACGAGCUAAAUAUCAGUUGGCGACGAGCGGUGUCAGUGGGAGAAGAAACCAUUAACACGCCCAUGUUCGUGCAGCUGGAGACGACGCAUGUGUACAUCAUGACGGAGCAACUGGGCCAUUUCGCCAUCGUUGCAGAGCCACGAAUUCAGCAGCCCGCCAUUAAGAUGAAGUUGCUGGUUUUCAGCCAGCAUACUCCGCCCAGCAGUGCCAACUGCAGUCUGCGAAUCUACGUGGUCAAGGACUUGCCCAACAGCAAGGACAUCUGCGCUAGUGUGGAAUGCAAGCUGGGCGGCAGCUUUCUGGGGGAGAGUCAGGUGUUUGCGUUCGAGCUGAACAGCCGCAAUCUGAACAUUCGCGUACGGUGCGCGGAAAUGGAGGCAGGUGCUCCGUAUGAGCAUGCCAUUCCCUACCAUCACAUUCUGAGCAACAACUCCAUACUACACUGCGAGUUUAGCAUGCGACGGCUGGAUCAGAGUACGCUGUGCGUGGACUUUGGCCAAGGCGGCAAGGAUGACUCGGACUACUGUACUUUUAACAUUCCAACCCACUCGAUGAGCGGUUCUGCGGAAGAGCUUGCAUCUACCACAAAUACAACGAUUUCCAUUGAUCGCCAGGGAAACUACGUCAAUGAGAGUUGCGUGAUGGACUUUGUCCAGCUACCGCAUGUGACAAAGCGCCUGAUCUGUGCCGCACUCGAUCCUCCGCGUGCCGACGAACGCGACUGGCGUCUCCUUGCGAAGAAGCUGAACACGGAUCGGUAUAUUGCCUACUUUGCCACCAAGCCCUCGCCCACCGAGCAGAUUCUCAAUCUGUGGGAAUGUCGGGCCAACAGCUGCGCCACCACCAGUUCCACUUCAGUUUCCCAUACGAUUAUGGCACUGCUGCUGACGUUGAAGGAAAUGGGACGUCAAGACGUCUUGGACAUUAUAGUGGAAACGAUUGGUCCCCUGUGGAUCUAAUGGGUAUCCACACUCCAACCAGUGUUAAAAGGAAUGCGAAUAAGAAAGCGGCAAACUAAACGAUACACUCUUCCUGAUUUCACCAGGUUUUCCAAGAACAUUAACACACAAGAACUGAACCGAACUAUCUAUAAUGUUUGUUAAUAUGAAAUCACUGUGAAUGGGGAUACAGCUGUGUUGUCCGUUUAGCUUUCUGUUGAAAACAAAAAUGUUCAUGAGUUGCCUUUUAUUUAAAAAAUGUACGAACGAAGCGAAACGAAAUCAGAAAACAUGAAUCGAAAUGAAAAUACUGAAUCAAAGUGUAGAUGUAGUCACACGAGUAGUUAUAGUCCCUAAGUUACGAGUAUUGUAGUGUUCUAUUCUAAGGUAACUGCUCAACGAACUCUGUUCCCCACGGGUGCCAUGCAUUUAAUAUAUGACUAAGAGGUGGAAAUAUAGCGAUAAAUUACUUGUGGCUUAGCAAACUUAUAGUUUUAAACAUAAACUCUAGUAUUACGAUGGAAACUAUGUACGAUAGCAACUGUAAGAUAUUCUACACAUACAAGUAUGUAUGUAUCUCUGGCAGUACGACUAAGUGAUGGCCGUAUAUAGACAACCUCCGCACGAAUUUAAAUGUGGAGUUGUGAACUGUUUGCCAAAUCGUUGAUUUUCUCAGCCCGCUCUAUUAACGUAUAGUCACUAUGGAAGAACAGAAUUAAGUACUCAAAACGAUGCCAUAGCACACAUGCAUAUACCAUACCUAUACUAUAUAAACUAUAUAGCGAGCAUAUACAUUUAUACGAAUAUGUAUAUUUAGAA